GGCGUUCCUUGUCCACGGGGCUGGGUGCGAUUUAAGGGAUACUGCUAUCGUGUCAGUAGCUCCAUCAAGACUAGGCAAAAUGCCCAAUUGUACUGCAAAGAACUGGGAGGAAAUCUGGUGAAAAUAAACAGCCAGGAAGAAAACGAGUUCGUACUAAACCUGGUAAACAAGCUCGCCCCAUCGCUGAAGCAGGUCUGGAUCGGACUCGAGUGGGAUUCUCAACUAAAGGCCUUUGUAUGGUACGAUCAUUCAGUUCCUACCUUCAUCAAAUGGGCCCCACAUGAACCAAGUGCAAAGAGCAAAGAGCCUUAUAGCAACAUGUGGACGGGUCACGCGGGGAGUUAUUCUAUGCCAUCUGGCGGCUGGAAUGAUCUCGCUGGUUGGGAUACUCGUUUCCCCUGUGGUCUUGUCUGCAAGAGGCUGCCCUAG